AUGGAGCCGGGAAACCUGCAGGGAAACGUCUCCGUCCGCCUCCUCCGCAGCUCCCUCAUGUCCGCGGGACAGGAACCAGACUUCCCCGGCGAUGAGGUGUUCAUGGGCCGGUUCCCCGUCCACCGCGCCUGCCGGGAUGGAGAUGUCGGGGCUCUGGUGUCCCUGUCCGAGCAGCACCGGGCUCACCUCACCGCUGAGGACCCCUGUUACGGGUGGACCCCCGUGCACUGGGCGGCUCACUACGGACAGCUGGAGUGCGUGGUGCGCCUGGUGCAGAUGGGCUGUGGCGUGAAUGUGGGGACCAGCCGCUUCAACCAGACACCGACGCACACCGCGGCGUUCGGAGGGCACCCCCACUGUGUGGUGUGGCUGACCCAGGCCGGAGCUGAUGUCAACAGGCAGGACUUUGUAGGUGAGGCCCCCAUCCACAAGGCGGCCCGGUCAGGUAGCUUGGAGUGUAUCCAGGUCCUGCUGAUAGCAGGUGCUAAACCGCAUGUAAGAAAUGCCAGUGGGCAGACGGCAGCGGACCUGGCCCACGCCCACGGCUUCGCCGACUGCUUCCGCUUCAUCUCCAACGCCCAGAAACACCUGCUGCAGCUCGGCGGCCUCCACGUGAACGGCGUGCAGAACGGGAGCGUCCCCUGUGGUCUCGGCCGGCUCAACAGAAAGAGGCUGCCGACCACCGUGGAGCCCGGACACCUGAAGAAAGCCAGGAGAGCGGAGGAUGUAUUGGUGCAGGUGCACAGCAGUGGAGGUGAGGCGGUGGAGAGCAUGAACAUGGAGUCUGCACAGGGCCUCAGCUCAGCAGACGAUGACACCAAAGGCGUCGCCAACGGCCAUCACCACGCGCUGCCUCGUGCUGCCCAGGAUGAGCCUGAGCCCCCCAAAACCACCCCCCCUCCUCAGCGCUCGUCGGCCGACAUGUGCGGCUCCCUGCAUCUGACCGGCAGCCCCAGCAGCUGCGUGUCCCAGCGGCCGGCCUGGUGGGGGCUGACGGGAGCCGAGCGCGGGGACUUUCAGCAUUACGGACACUACCACGGCUUCGGAGACACCGCGGAGGAGCUGAACGACAGCAUCCAGGCUGAGCUCAGAUACAAGCAGGCCGUGGCCAGCACCGUCCACCUCUACCACGGAUCCUAAACAGAGAGUCAGCGUCCCGAGCCCGGCCCCCUGGAGACACCCUCUCUGACACGCUGUCCCGUAACUUUAAAGGAUCACUUAUAUUUUGGGAAAGAUCCUUUAGCCGCUAAAUCUAGGGUCACUACUACAGAUAAGUAGGUCAUUUUGGAUAAUCUUUAAACAAAGACCCCAGUUCAGACCUGGUGUAAACGUCCGUCCUGAGGGAUCUGAUCAUGGGAGGUCACAGGAGGCAUUUGAA